CCCCCUUGUGCCUGAGGGCCGUUGCCAAUCUCACUCUACAAUUUGUAACGCACAUCACGCGAGCCGGGGCCCUGAUCCGUCUUUCCCUUGUUCAUACCCUUGUCGCGUAACAAUCCACCCCCAACAUACCUUAUCCAUAUCUCAGGACUAGAAAAAAGACAUCAAGGCAGCUCCCUGUGGGCUACGUCUGGCCAUUAUGUGCCCAGAAGGAGAUGAAAAUGCCGACACUGAAAGUCAACGCUCCAGUCGAAUAACUGCCGAUCCAGACCUUGAGGAUGAUGAUAACGACUCAGCAUAUGGAGACGAAGCCUCAACCGAGACAACCUCAAUAUCGUCGUGGAUAAGGGACUAUCGUGUGGAAAAUGGCCGGACUUACCAUGCCUUCAAGGAUGGGAAGUACUGGGGCUCUAACGACGAAGAGGCUAACCAACACCAUGACAUCGGCCACAAUCUGUAUCUGAGAACUCUCGACAACCGCCUCUUCCUUGCGCCUAUCAAUCCCAACCCAUCUCAAAUCCUGGAUCUCGGUACAGGAACCGGAGCAUGGGCCAUUGAUGUCGCUGACCUCUAUCCCUCCGCUGUCGUCACUGGAACCGACCUUUCUCCCAUUCAACCCACAUGGGUCCCGCCCAACGUACGUUUCGAGAUUGAUGACAUGGAAUCCGAAUGGACAUACGACCCCAACACUUUCGAUCUCAUCCAUAUUCGCGGCCUCCACGGCACCAUCGAGGACUGGUCGGCCCUGUACGCACAAUGCAUGCGCUGCCUUAAGCCCGGCGGGUGGCUCGAGCAGGCUGAAUAUUCUGCCCAAUUCACCAGUGAUGAUAACAGUAUCCCUCGGGACGGUGGCAUUGCCGCAUGGAACAAUGUGGGUCCCGAGUGCCAUGCAAAGCUCCAGCGGGAAUUACAGGUUUUUGAGACCAUGAGACAACACAUGAUCAAUGCGGGCUUUGAAUCCAUCACCGAACGCCGGUACAAGUGGCCCAUCGGGCCUUGGCCAAAGGAUCCUAGUCUCAAACAGCUUGGUCAGUGGUGCAGAGCGCACAUCGAGACCGGCUUGGAGAACUGGACGUUGAGGUUGUUGACGAGUGUAUUGGGCUGGACCGCGGACGAAGUCAGAGCCCUGUGCGCCACUGUCAGAAACGAACUGAGGAGUCCCAAGGUCCAUGCAAUCCAUCGCAUGAACGUGGUUUAUGCCAGAAAGCCCAGUCAUGCGAGGUGAUGUGAUUUUUGGCAUGUCUGGAAUGUCACGGAGGGAUUGUUCUGGAGAGGGAGCUUGUUGUUCUUUUAUCACGACCAGGGUUGGAAUUCUGCAGCGUCAUUUUGCUUUUGUGGGUGGAAGUCUGAGCGUCUGUUGUCUAUCUAUCAACCCGACUCACCGGCCGCUCGGUUGGUGUCUUAUACCCUCCAAAGUCGGAAGAAGAAGUGGGAAUUGUAGGGAGGAGCGGUUUUUUUGAUUUGGUUUUGGUCUGCAUUUGAGCUGUUGGCAUCGCGGGCGGCGUUUAUCUGCCUAGGUGGAAAUGAGGCGUUUUUUGUCCGGGCUAUUCUCAGAACAAGCACAACAGGGGCCAUUCAGAUUCCAUGUCACCGCACUCGUAUCGGUGAUUCGCCUGUGCGACGCCAACUCGGGAGUUACGGCCGCGGUCAUCAACGGUCUGGCCAGCACAGUUCCAUUACCGCGCGGGGAUCUCGACAGCGAGUGGAAAUUGAAGAUGCACCAUCCCCCAGCGGUACACAGCAGUACAUAACCCGAGAUUGCUAACUCUGCCGAGCGAAGCCACGUGGCAACCUAUUAGGCCG